AUGUCCAACAAACCACAGGCCGAGGGCUCCCCCGAGCGCCAUUCCGAACAAUCUCAAGACGACGCCUUCCGCCGCCCAUCACUCGUCUCACGAGCCAUCUCGGACUCCGGUCGCCGCAUCUCAUCUCAACAUGUCCGCUUCUCGACCGACUUCGAUCGCCCCUCGGCAGAAGAAAAUCGCCAACCAAGGCCCCCUCCCAGAAACUUGACCGUCAACACAGCGCUGGCGCCUCCGACCGUUAAUACUGCUGCACGAUCGCCUACAUCGCCCCUCUCGCCUCCAAAUGCCCAAAAUACACUUUCCCCCGUCUCCCCCGUCGCGCCCGAGCCCGCUGGUCGGUCUCGUUCGCGAAACCGUGGGUAUUCGCUCCGUCGCUCGAUAUUUAAUAAGACCAUUACCACUGCUGCGGAGGAUGACCUCGCCCUAGCUGAACUGGGUGAGGUUCGGGAACCGGAUGCGCCUACGUCCGUGAAUGAGAAGAAUACAUUGACCACCGCGCCGACAGCGGCCGAUUCGACCCACAAGGAGGAGCUCUCGACGCAUGUCUCGUCUGAGCCUUCGGAGAAAGGAUUGAAGGAUAUUGCGCAGGAGCGUUGGUCGAAGAAAGUGGCGACGAAGGAUUUGGCUGUUGCGCGUCUGCAGGCGGUUCUUACAUCUGUGCAGAAAUUCGUGCUGCGCAUCAAGGACAUCCCGCCUACGGAGGAUGGUCGCCAUAUCGAUUUGAAUCCUGCUUUGGUGGAUGCUAUGCUCGAUGAGCGGACUGGGAAGUCUUAUAUUGGGAAUUACAUUCGGUCCAGCCGGUAUAGUCUUUGGAGUUUCUUUCCGCGACAAUUCUUUGCGCAAUUCACCAAAGUAGCCAACUUUUACUUUUUGGUCGUCGCUAUCCUGCAGAUGAUUCCUGGUCUCAGUACGACGGGAACUUAUACGACCAUUGUUCCGCUUUUGAUUUUCGUUGGUAUUUCCAUGGGUAAGGAAGGGUUCGAUGAUUGGCGCCGGUAUCGUCUUGACAAAGAAGAGAACAAUCGCGAGGCUUGGGUGCUUCGACCUGGCCAUGGAAAUACUUCAGACGGUGCUUCUGUGAUCAGCAAUUCUCAAGAUUGGGAGCGGAUUAAAUGGAAGGAAAUUCGUGUCGGAGAUGUGAUCAAGCUCCAGCGAGAUCAACCCAUUCCUGCCGAUAUCGCUCUGCUCCAUGCCAGCGGACCUAAUGGUGUUGCUUAUAUUGAGACGAUGGCUCUUGACGGUGAGACCAAUCUCAAGAAUAAGCAGCCUUGCCAGCCUGUUUCCAAGGUCUGCUCCACAAUCGAGGACAUCACCAGCAACUCAUUGCAUUUCGUCGUGGAAGACCCUAAUCUCGAUCUCUACAAAUUCGAUGGCCAUGUCACAGUCAACGCGCAGGAGAAGCUACCCCUGACCAACAACGAGAUCGUUUACCGUGGUAGUAUUCUUCGCAAUACGGACCGUGCUCUCGGUAUGGUGAUUUAUACUGGCGAGGAGUGCAAGAUUCGCAUGAACGCCAACAAAAACCCACGUAUCAAGAAGCCUUCACUCCAAGCUAAGGUCAACCGCGUUGUGAUGCUGAUCGUCGUUCUGGUUGUUAUCUUGGCUGUUGUCUGCACCGUGGCCUACAGGUUCUGGUCUCGGGACGUGGAAUCGAAGUCCUGGUAUCUCAACGAUGCCUCCGUGAGCUACGGUCCUAUCUUCACUUCGUUCCUGAUCAUGUUCAACACCAUGAUUCCUAUCUCGCUGUACGUGAGUAUGGAAAUCGUGAAAGUUGCUCAGAUGCUGCUUCUGAAUGAUAUCGAUAUGUAUGACCCUGAAACCGACACUCCACUCGAAGCUCGGACAUCAACUAUCAACGAGGAACUUGGUCAAGUCAGCUAUAUCUUCUCUGAUAAAACUGGUACCUUGACGAACAAUUCGAUGCGCUUCCGCAAGAUGAGUGUUGCUGGUACUGCGUGGUUGCACGAUGCCGAUCUCCAAGAGGAAGCUGCUCGCGAAGGCGACCACACCAAGCUAAUCCACAAGAAGCGACGCACCAAGGGCAAGAAGGCCAUCGGUCGAAAAUCGAAUGUUUCAGAGGUCCAGAUGCCCCGUUCCUCGAAUGUCUCCGGGGCUGUCGAACCCAUCCGCCCUGGCCGCUCUGCCACCACUCACCGCACAGCCGAGAUGAUCGACUACAUCCAGCGCAAGCCAUACACCAUCUUUGCCCGGAAAGCCAAGCUCUUCAUCCUGUCUAUGGCCCUUUGUCACACUUGCAUUCCGGAAAAAGACGAAGCCGGAAAUACUACCUUCCAAGCCUCAUCGCCAGACGAACUCGCCCUUGUCAUGGCAGCCCAGGAACUAGGUUACCUGGUCCACGACCGCCAAUCCAACACCCUCACAAUUCGUACCCAACCCAACGGACCCGAUCAAACAAUCAACGAUGAAGUCUACGAAAUCAUGGACGUUAUUGAAUUCUCAAGCGCCCGUAAGCGCAUGUCUGUCAUUGUCCGCAUGCCCGACCAGCGCAUCUGCCUCUUCUGCAAAGGUGCUGAUACAACGCUCAUGCGCCUCCUCAAGCAAGCAGCCCUGGCACAAGAAAAGGCCAACGAGAUCGAGCGCCGCGCCAGCAAACGCAAAAACGCCGAAGCCAACCAGGUCAUCAGACGCAACAGCGAGCAUCAUAGUCGCAAAAAUUCUGGCGUGCGCAGCAGCAUGUCGAGACCUAGCUUUACACGUCGUCGCUCUUCGAUCACGGGCCAACAAGGCUCGGCUCUUCGUGCCAGUAUUGAUGUUUGGCUGAAGGAUCGCGAGACGGAUGGCGGCAUGCUGAAUCGCGAGGCUGAUAUCGAGUAUUAUAGCCCUCGGCCAUCAGCACAGAUGGGCCGACCCUCAGCUGCUAUCUCGGAUUCUGGAAGUUCAACGAAUGGCGAAGAGGAUGAGGAUCUUGUUGAGGAAGCGCUGGUUGUCAAUGAGACUGCUAUCUUUGAGCGCUGCUUCCAACACCUGAACGACUUUGCGACUGACGGUUUGCGGACUUUGUUGUAUGGUCAUAGGUUCAUCGAUGAGAAGACUUAUUCGAAUUGGAAGGCUGCGUACCAAGAGGCUUGUACUAGCCUUGUCGAUCGACAGGAGAAGAUUGAGCAGGUUGGUGAAGAGAUCGAGCAGAUGCUUGAGUUGACUGGCGCUACUGCUAUUGAGGACAAAUUGCAGAAGGGUGUGCCAGAAGCUAUUGAUAAGUUGCGGCGAGCAAAUAUCAAGAUGUGGAUGUUGACCGGUGAUAAGCGCGAAACUGCUAUUAACGUUGGACAUUCGUGUCGUCUUGUUAAGGAGUACUCGACUUUGACGAUCCUGGAUCAAGAGAUUGGCGACGUUGAGCAGACUAUCGAUCAUCUUAUCGCGGAGAUCACCCGCGGUCGAGUGGCCCACUCCGUGGUCGUUGUCGACGGCCAGACGCUCUCCUCUAUCGAAGUGGACGACGUUGUGCGUGAGAAAUUCUUCCAGCUCGCCAUCAAGGCCGACUCGGUGAUCUGCUGCCGCGCCAGCCCGAAACAAAAGGCUUUCCUUGUCAACUCUAUCCGCAAACACCUCGACGACGCUAUCACCCUCGCCAUCGGUGACGGCGCAAACGACAUUGCUAUGAUCCAGGAGGCACACGUUGGAAUCGGUAUUACCGGUAAGGAAGGACUGCAAGCAGCACGUAUAUCGGAUUACUCAAUUGCGCAAUUCCGCUUCCUCCUCAAGCUUCUCCUCGUGCACGGCCGCUGGAACUACAUGCGAGCUUGCAAGUAUACGCUGGGCACAUUCUGGAAAGAGAUGUUAUUCUAUUUGACCCAGGCGCUGUAUCAGCGCUGGAACGGCUACACCGGAACCAGUCUAUACGAGCCGUGGAGUCUAAGUAUGUUCAAUACUCUCUUCACCUCGCUUGCUGUGAUUUUCCUUGGAAUCUUCACAAAGGAUCUCGCGGCCUCAACACUACUCGCCGUGCCGGAACUUUACACCAAAGGACAAAAGCAUGGCGGCUUCAAUAUCUGGCUGUACCUCGGCUGGUCAUUUAUGGCAACUUGCGAAGCAGUAAUCAUCUUCUUCACAAUGUGGUCACUAUACGGUCUUGCGCGCGUUAACCCAAGCGACAACGACAUAUUCUCCCUCGGUCUCCUCACCUUCUCUGCCUGUAUCAUCGUCAUCAACGUCAAACUGCAAGCGCUUGAAGUCCACAACAAAACCUGGAUGUCAGUGGCAGUGAUCAUCAUCUCCGUCGGCGGCUGGUUCGUCUGGGACAUGAUUCUCGAUCGCGAAUACACCAUGUCAUCCGGCAAAGGCGUAUAUUUCGUCCCAGGCAAUUUCUUGCAACAUACAGGGCACAACCUUCUCUUCUGGACCGUGCUCUUGCUAUCCGUUUUUUCUGUCCUUUUAUUCGAAUUCACGGUCUCCACCCUGCGUGCCCUCUUCUUCCCAACAGACGUCGACAUCUUCCAAGAGUACGAACAAGACCUCGAUAUUCGCAAACGUUUCGAGGAAGCAGCAGCUUCAGAACUGCAACAGGGCUGGGACCAUGGCACCAAGAAGAGCAGUUUCGAACUUGCGCGCGAGGCGGAGGAACUCGCCGAACUCGAUGCACGCGAACGCCAGGUCCGCGAACUCCUAGCUCGUCCGCGCGUUAUGGACAAACCCGUUGCCCAGGAACAAGAACUGGACGGGUAUACCAGUACCAGCGCAACGGCGAGUCACAACGGGAGUGUUCCCCUGGCGCCGGAGGCGGCUGCCGUUGCGCCUGAUGGGCGGCGGGGCUCUGUUGAGAUCCAGGAGCUUUUCAGUAAAGGUUUUGGGACUGUCAGGAAAGGGCAGCUUAAAUGA